AUGUCCAUUCUUUGCUGCCGUCGAGGUGACCCAAACACUAUCAACAAAUCAGUGUCACUGUCUCCUAAAAUAGUUGGUCAUAUUACGACACCCCGCCCUCAGGCCUCACGUCAAAACAUUGAGGCCUUUUACAACGAGGGUAGAGAGUUGUUGAAUACUCUCCAGGAAGAAAGGGGUAAAUCUAAUUUACGGAAUGAGAUUAAGGAAGAGUUACGGAAUCUUAGGACACCUCUUAAUAGUGAAGAGGCAGACUCUGCGGCCAAGGAGAACUACAGGGAAAUAGGGCACGUUAAUGGUACUCGCCGAGUAUCAAAAUCAUCUUCAGCAAUUGAACUCCGUGGGCCAACUAUACCAACCAUUCCAGAUACCAAUGAAAUUACAGUCCCUGCAAAAUCAAUGCCUGCUUUGACUAGUUCAUUAACGAUAGUUAAACCUGGGACCGAAUCCAUUCUAGAAAGAGACAUCAACCAUAUUCUCUUAACCUCAUCUUCCACAGAGGAGACAAAAAACCCAUCACUACCUCAAAUGUUCCCGGUAAAUACGCCAGUGAUUCCGAAAGUGGACCAUAUAGCUGUGCCUUCCACUCCAGACUUGAGCCCUUAUCUAAUGCCUAGCAUUGCUACCACAAUUGCAUCAAUAAAUGGUAAAUCAAGAUCAGGAAUCACAAUUCCUAUUCCCGAUGAUAACUCGGAGGCUGGGAAACUCUCAUCGGAGCAGAGUCCAGACGAAAAAGAUGCUGAAACGGCAGAUGAAUGGCCAGAAGACUGCAAUACUGUUAAACCUGAGAUUAGGCUUGCUGACGAGAAAGAUGGCACUACGGCCGAUGAUGGGGAAGUAGCGGCUGCAGAUCCCGAGAGCCCGAGAAACACAAAGCAUCGAGAAGAUGCGAGUGUCAGUGAUAAAACCGCGAGUAGGAACGAUUUCACGCCCAAUGAGAUCUUUUCGAAAAUACCCACAUGGGUUAGGCCCUCAACAAGCACUUUUAUGUCAUGCCCUUCCUCUCACGACCAUAACCAAAAAGAUGGCCUGGGGAGUUCUCCAAGUACAGGAAGCGCAACUCCAGAACUCACAAAGAGUAACUCUACUAGAUUUUAUUCCCCGUUGGAGGCAACAAGUGCAAACAGCACGGGGGUCAAUACUCCUGCUUUUGCUUGUCCUCCAACGCCCGGCUACGAGUUUCGGCCGUCCAUUGAUAAUACUUCGUCCUUCUAUCCAUCUCCUGGAACCUCGCGUUGCGUAUCUUUAGUUGAAUCCGAGAGAUGCACUCCAGAACCAUCAGCAUUGUCUACGGAUGCUGAUGCCCACAGGCUAAAUCGGACUCCUCGACCUUCCGACAUGAUAAUAGAUUCACCUGGAGGUUCGCUAUUUAAGUUUCCAUGGGUGAGCCUUAGUAUGAAUAAGUCGCCAGAGCCUAUUACAAAUGAGGCUGCUUUUACUAGAGGCAGCUCGCUUGCGCACUUAAAAAAAGCACAGAAGAGGGGCCGUGAUCUCCAGCUAGCACCUAGAACAAACAUUGAAAGGUCUCAGGAUGUCGUUCUCAGCCAACAUGGCGAGGUAUGCGAAGACCUUUACCUGGAGGACCGUGCCAAAUCAAUGCUUGAGGCUCCUGAGAGCCUACCAAAUGUCCCAAUAGAUAAGGCUAGUUGGUACUAUGAUAAUCUCGAGGACCGGGAGAUUUCCAAUAGUAUAACGACACCUGCUCCGAAGAAGAAAGAAAAAUCUACCACAUGGGUCAGAUCGACUACCCGCGUAAGCAGUUUAACGAUGCGGCAAGGCAAAGUGAAGGACCCGAGAAUCUGGGGCUCACCUCACGGUAGGAGCUCCAUCGGUUCAAAAAGAAAUAUUUUUAGUAACUACGGCAAAACUGAGAAAAGGUUUUCUUUAAAGAAUAGUAUCUCUCUUGGUGAAAGAAUGUGGGAACGUUCUAGUAUCCGGGACAAAACCCAAGAAAAACUACGAAAAGCUACAGGUUCCGAGGUUUUACCUAAUCUCACCACUGAUAUUGAAACUCUUGAUGAAACCGAAGCGAGGAAUUCCCGCUUAAAGAAUAGGAGAUCAAAAGCCAUGAUUCGCUCUAGGAGCAUGACACUUAGGAGGACAUUUACAAAUAGCAUCGCAAAGCUUAGAGGAAAAGUGAGUUUUAAUGAGAGUUCAAGAGGGACAAUUAUUCCUCCUUCACCUAGGGGCAAGCAGACAAACAAAGAUGGUUUUUAUCAAGGGCAUUGUAACGAAGAAAAUCUAUUCACUCAAAGCCCCAAGACACUUGGUGGAAAGAAUAAGUUCGGUAUUUCUGGAUCGGAUGUGUCUAGCAUCAUAUUUCGACCAUCCCUACCCAAAGAGAUGUUAGAACAUCAGAGCAGUACAGAACUUAUCAAAAAAAUACCCCCUAGAGAUGAAGAUAUUGUUACAAAAAAUGAAACCGUGGAGUCGUACACCGAGUCUUCCUAUCAUGGCGUGCACUCACAUAGGAUUCCUGACGACCGAAGUGUGCCUGACAAUCCUGGACUUAAAAAUAUGAUUGAGGAAUCAAACAGUAGGUCUAGGCCAUGGAGCACCCUAUAUGAUGAUUGUGUGACCUUGCCUUUUAGUGGUAAUGAUAUAGGGGAGGGAAGUGAAGAUGCCGAGAGCGAUAGUGAUAUUGAUACACAAUCAAGCGGGCCUUUCAGAGUUGGUGGCAGGAAUACGGAGGAAAUCUGGCGUGAUGCAAAAGAAUCUUUGGAGAGCACAGCUUGA